AUGUAAUAAUAGGAAAUCAACCAUGCACUAAAAAAUCCAUUUUAGCCAAUUCUUAAGAAGGUUUUAAAGGUUGACGAGGAGUUGGAGAGAUUGUCAUCAGAAACAUUCUAUAAUCCUUUCGAUGUACUGUAUUUGGGAAUGGAAGCUACAGAUGAAGAUAUCAAGAAAAUGUUUAACUCUUUCUCUAAAUUAUUACAUCCAGACAAAUGUCAAGAUCCUAGAGCUAAAGACUGUUGGUAAAUAGUCGAUUAAGCAUACAAAACUUUGAUGGAACCUGAGAAGAGAAAGGUUUACAUUAGAAUUAUGAGAGAAGCCAGGGAGAAAACUGAAUUCGAAAGACUUAGAGAAAACAAGAGAAGAGAGAAAACUGGAGUUGCUCCUUUGCCACGUAGAAUUUUGAAUUUAAUUUUAAGCUGAUACUUUCGAGAGUGAUUUUUAAAAAUAAUGCAAGAAUCUAUUUAGUGAAAUAGAAGACAGAAAAUAACACCUUACGAGAUUGGAGUAAUCAUAAAAGAGAUACAAAUUAGAUGAGUAUGAAAGAAGGAAAAUGUUGGAAUAGUAUAAGAUAUUGACUGAGGAGGAGUGGGAAAAGACCAGAGAUGAUAGGGUUAAUAAAUGGAGAGAAUUUAAUAACAAGAAAACUGCUAUUGGGACCAAGUAAUCUAAUAAGGUAGCUUAUUUAAUUCUAUAUAUUUCUAGGGGAUUAGGCCUCCUACUGAAAAUAUUGAGGCUCGACCAUUCGAAGUACCAACUAAAAAAGGAGAUUUUAAAAAUAUUAAAUUGGAUUGAUCAUUGGUUUUGUAAUUCAUAUGAGAAUAUAAAUUUAACAGAAG